CCGUAGGAAGCGUAGCCCCGAGGCCGGAGACUUCGGUUCGGGACCAGCCCCCCGGGAUGCGGUAGCGGCCGCUGUGCGGAGGCCGCCGAGCAGCAGCAGCCGCCGCCGCCGCGCAGAUCCACGCUGGCUCCGUGCGCCAUGGUCACCCACAGCAAGUUUCCCGCCGCCGGGAUGAGCCGUCCCCUGGACACCAGCCUGCGCCUCAAGACCUUCAGCUCCAAGAGCGAAUACCAGCUGGUGGUGAACGCCGUGCGCAAGCUGCAGGAGAGCGGAUUCUACUGGAGCGCCGUGACCGGCGGCGAGGCGAACCUGCUGCUCAGCGCCGAGCCCGCCGGCACCUUCCUCAUCCGCGACAGCUCGGACCAGCGCCACUUCUUCACGCUCAGCGUCAAGACCCAGUCGGGGACCAAGAACCUACGCAUCCAGUGCGAGGGAGGCAGCUUUUCGCUGCAGAGUGACCCCCGGAGCACGCAGCCGGUGCCCCGGUUCGACUGCGUACUCAAGCUGGUUCAUCACUAUAUGCCGCCCCCCGGUGCCCCCUCCUUCUCCUUGCCACCGACGGAACCCUCAUCCUCGCCUACUUCCGAGGUGCCGGAGCAGCCACCCGCCCAGCCGCCCCCCGGGAGCACCCCACGGAGAGCCUAUUACAUCUACUCUGGGGGCGAGAAGAUCCCCCUCGUCUUGAGCCGCCCCCUCUCCUCCAACGUGGCCACCCUGCAGCAUCUCUGCCGGAAGACGGUUAACGGCCACCUAGACUCCUAUGAAAAAGUCACCCAGCUGCCUGGACCCAUUCGAGAGUUCCUGGACCAGUACGAUGCUCCACUUUAAAGAGCAAAAGGGCAGGGGUUGGAGCGGGGCCUGGGUCCCCUCCUCCGAGGCACAUGGCACAAGCACAAAGAUCCAGCCCCAGUCAGUCCUGUCGCUCUGGGUGAGCCAGGGACCACGCAGGCUCCCUUUUCCGGCCCUCCCCUCUGCCGAGUGGGGCAAGUUGGACCUGGAAUGUGUUGAAGGGAAGGGGGAGUGCCAUCGCCUCCCCUCCCUGGGCUCCAGCUUCUCAGAGGACCCAGCUGGCCUGGUGGGACAAUAGCAGCAACGACAAGUGGAUUCUCCUCUUCCCUUCAUCCACACCCCCCUGCUUCCCUAGGUUGGGGGGGGGCGCCUCAGAGUGUUAACUAAUGACAACUGCAGGGGAAUCUUCAAACUUUCCAUCGGAACUUGUUUGCCUCUGAUUUCGUUUAAACCUGAGCAGGCGCCAGGCUUGAAGGAUGGAAGAGAGAGCCCUUGAGAAGUGGGGGUGGGGUGGGGAACGGGACUGCAGGCUGGCCAAGGAAAUGGCCACUCACCCUGUCAAGCCCAGGUGAGGAGUGGUGGCAGCGUGCUCCCUGGCUGCAGGGAGAUGGAAAAGGGGGGUUACCUAAAUAGAGCCAUCCUGAUGCCCCCGUCCCUUGGGGCAGCCAAUGAAACCCAGGUCCCAAAGUCCACUGGUGCCCCAGAUCCCUUCCCCGUUUCAAGGAGGAAGUGGCAUUUGGAAGGGGGAUGGGUGGAGCUGGUCAGUUGGCCUCCUUUCCCAGGACCUGGGAAAGGCAGGUGAAGAAACGAGCCAUCUUGGACCUCAGGUCCCCUAAAGAAGAUGGGGGAUUAUACUUUGUGCCUCCUAUGUCUGCCUAGGAGACUUGCCUUAAAUGCUCCCUGUCCCAUGGAUAGGGACUGGCGCACAAGGAGCCAAACACUCAACCAAUCAGGCAGGACUCACCCAGCUGCCCCUGACCGGGGGAAGUGGGAGGAGGUGGGGAGACCUCAGCCUCCCUGGUGGGCCCUGGGUGGGUGCUGGCCAGUCCUAGGCACCUUGAAGUCCGCAGAGCCAGCAAGUCCCAUGGCCCUCCAGGCCUGCAAAGCCCUCCCUCCUGGCCUGGGCUGGGGAGUGGAGUUGGGGGAGGCAGGAAGUGCUGGAGAAGCGAGCGCCCGCCACCCCAGCUGCUCUGGCUGGGUUACAGCACUGGUCAGUAUCAGCUCACAAGAAUGUAGCAGGGAGGGGAUUACCUGGAACUGCUCUUGUCUGUGGGGCUGGAGGGGGACGACAAAUACACACGUUUUUCUGUGUCAGGUAUGGGGCUGGGUGGGGCAGCUGUGUGUUGGGGUGGCUUUUUUUCUCGUUUUUGUUUGUUUUUUAAUAAUGUUUACAAUCUGCCUCAAUCACUCUUUUAUAAAAGAUCCCACCUCUCGCCCUGGCCCCCUCUUUCCCCCACUCAGGCCUUCGAGGCUGUCAGGAGAUGCUUGAAGAACCCACCCAAACCCCGGUUCAAGUCAAACUUUGCACAUAUUUAUAUUUAUACUCAGAAAAGAAACAUUUCAGUAAUUUAUAAUAAAGAGCACUAUUUUUUAAUGAAAAAAAUGUGUGACUUGA